CAGGUGCUCCGCUACGAGUCCGGCGACGCGUUCGACGCGCACCGCGACGCCGCGUUCUCGCGGCGCGGGCUCACGUCCUUCGUCACGGUCCAGAUCUACCUCAACGACGGCGGCCGCGACUUCGACGGCGGCGAGACGCGCUUCGUCGGCAAGGACCGCCGCGGCGCGCCCGAGGACUACGAGGACGUCGUGCCGCGCGUCGGCCGCCUGCUCUACUUCGACCACGACCUGCUCCACGAGGGCCGGCUCGUGACGCGCGGCGUCAAGUACGCCAUCCGCACGGAGCUCAUGUUCGAACCGGACACUUAA